AUGUUGCGCGGUCGAGUUGAUCCGAAAAAAGAGGAGCAGGAGCGGUUGCAGGGUAUCCUUUUGGAUAUGUUGAAGGAGGAGGAGAAUAAAUAUUGUGCUGAUUGUCAGGCGAAAACUCCGAGGUGACUAAAUAUGCUGCAAUUUUGGGGGCGGGCCAGAAUUUCCACGUGUCAAAAAAUAUCAGAGAAAACUUGAGAAUCCUGAAAGCUAGAGAUUGAGACUUAACCAAGCCUAGACAAGCCUAACUAGGCCUAGAAAAAGCCUAACAACAAACCAAAACGUGGAUUUCUAUGACGUGGAAUAUCAUAGUAACCGCAAGCCACGCGGAUUACUAAUCCAUAGAGAUAAUUGCAAUCCACGUGGCCGCUAAAGCGGAAGACAGUGCCGCUGACGCGGAAGCUUGCGGUUCACACUCGCUUCGCUCGAAUAUCUUGGUUGUUCGAGCGAAGCGAGUGUAAACCGCAAGCUUCCGCGUCAGCGGCACUAUCUUCCGCUUCAGCGGCCACGCGGAUUGCUAUGAUCUCCAUGGCUUCCACGUCAUAGCAAUCCACGUGGCCGCUAAAGCGGCACUGUCUUCCGCUUUAGCGGCCACGCGGAUUACUAUGACUUGGAAGCCAUGGGGAUCAUAGCAAUCCACGUGGCCGCUGAAGCGGAAGAUAGUGCCGCUGACGCGGAAGCUUGCGGUUUACACUCGCUUCGCUCGAACAGCCAAGGUAUUCCGCAAUCUUCCGCGUCAGCGGCACUAUCUUCCGCUUCAGCGGCCACGCGGAUUACUAUGACGUGGAUUUCAGUAAAUCUUCAAGGUGUGAAGCUAUCCACGUGGCCGCUAAAGCGGAAGACAGUGCCGCUGACGCGGAAGCUUGCGGUUUACACUCACUUCACUCAACCCGAGCGCUGUGUGCGAGUGUAAACCGCAAGCUUCCGCGUUAGCGGCACUAUCUUCCGCUUUAGCGGCCACGUGGAUUGCGAAGUUGGCAGAGAUGCGGAAGCUAUGCCCAAUUUUUGAGAAAUUGCUCAAGCUUGCGGAAUAAGCCUACCCUGAAUUCUUCCAGAUGGGCCGCCUGGAACCUAGGAAUCUUCAUCUGCAUCCGCUGCGCCGGAAUCCACCGCAACCUCGGUGUUCACAUCUCCAAAGUGCGUUCAGUGAACCUGGAUAGCUGGACAGCUGAACAAGUGCAAACGAUGCGAGUGAUGGGAAACGAAAAAGCGCGCCAAGUGUACGAGCACGAUCUACCCGCCCAAUUCCGUCGUCCUACCACAGAUCACGCCAUGGAGCAAUUUAUCCGCGGGAAAUACGAGCAGAAACGAUACUUGUUGAGGGAUUUUGUGUAUCCGAGAGUGGAUGUCAAUGAUUUGCCAAAGAGUUUGGGAGGAGGAGGCGGAGGGGGUGCGGGAAGCGGAAGCGGAAAGAAGCAUCCGGUUGUGAGUAUUUCCGCGUUGGGAACAACGCAGAAUGGAGGAAGUGUAAGUUUUUGAAGAGUGUAGAUCGCAAGCUUCUGCUUUAGCUGCCACGUGGAUUACUAUGACGUGGAAACCAUAGAGAUCAUAGCAAUCCGCGUGGGACGCUAAAGCGGAAGACAGUGCCGCUGACGCGGAAGUUCGCGGUCUACACUCGCUCCGCUCUAGGCUCAAAAUUGACCAGAACUCAUGAAUUUCAGACUUUUUGAGUUUGAAAUUGCUGAAUUUUAGGGCGAAAUUCCCCAGCCUACCUCAAAAUUGACCCUAAAUUGAUUUUAGGCUGAAAAUGAGCAAAAAACCCCGCAUUUUCGUUCAUUUCCAGCCUAAAAUAAAUUCAGGGUCAAUUUUGAGCUGGACACUGGAAUUUUGCCCUAAAAUUCAGCAAUUUCGAACUCAAAAAGUCUGAAAUUCAUGAGUUUUGGUCAAUUUUGAGCUAGUUUCCACGUGGCUCGAGCGGAGCGAGUGUAAACCGCAAGCUUCCGCUUUAGCGGCACGUCAUAGCAAUCCACGUGGCCGCUAAAGCGGAAGACAGUGCCGCUGACGCGGAAGCUUGCGGUCUAAACAUUUUAUCGUGACCUAUGACGUGGCAAUUUUGGAAAAAUCCCCUCAUUUUCUCAUUUUUCGUAAAAAAUCAUGGAUUUUUUUCAGAAAUCCACCGCCGCCGCCCCAACAAUCUCGAAUUUGCUCGAUUUUUCCGAUCCAACACCAAAUUCGAAUUCGGCAGGAGGAAAAACGGCGACUAGUCAGAAUUUAUUCGAUGAUUUUGCUGGAUUAUCCAUGGUGAGCUUGAAAUCCAUGUUUUCUAGUGGUUUUCGACCCGCUGAACACUAUUCCGCUGGCAAAAACUGCAAAGCUCAACUCCUAAUAUGAGUUAUGACGUGGCAAAGUUGGGAAAUUUCGAAAAUUUGCAGCUUUAUGAGUCACAUAAAGCUGCAAAUUUUCGAAAUUUCCCAACUUUGCCACGUCAUAACUCAUAUUAGGAGUUGUGAUUUGCAGUUUUUGCCAGCGGAAUAGUCUUCAGCGGGUCGAAAACUACUAGAAAACAUGGAUUUUAUUCAAAAUAUCGAUUGAUGACGUAUUGAGCUCCAUGUUGGCCACGUGACGUGGAAACCAUAGAGAUAUAGCAUUCCACGUGGCCGCUGAAGCGGAAGAUAGUGCCGCUGACGCGGAAGCUUGCGGUUUACACUCGCUUCGCUCGAACAACCGAUAUUCGAGCGAAGCGAGUCUAAACCGCAAGCUUCCGCGUCAGCGGCACUAUCUUCCGCUUUAGCGGCCACGUGGAUUAUUAUGACGUGGAAACCAUAGAGAUAUAGCAUUCCACGUGGCCGCUGAAGCGGAAGACAGUGCCGCGGACGCGGAAGCUUGCGGUUUACACUCGCGCAGAGCGCUCGGGUCGAGCGGAGCGAGUGUAAACCGCAAGCUUCCGCGUCAGCGGCACUAUCUUCCGCUUUAGCGGCCACGUGGAUUGCUAUGAUCCCUUGCCACGUCAUAGCAAUUUGUUCCAGCAACCCGCCAACACCGCCGCUUCCAACGACGAUUUCGAUGAUUUCGGCUCAUUCGUCUCCGCCUCAACACAACAAAAAUCAGCAGAUCUUGUCGGAGGCUUCGCCGACUUCUCAUCAGCCCCAUCUUCCUCCUCAAAUCUCGCCGAUUUGACACAACUUCCCGUGUCAAAUAGUCAAGAAACGAGCUCAACAACAAAUGGAGGGAAAAAGAGCAAUGCGGAUAUUUUGUCGCUUUUCGGAAGCGCGGGAGCCGCAAACUCGGCGAGCCAUAAUAUUGUGGCUCCCGGCGGAUUUACUGCGUUUGGAUUGCAGGCCGCACCACAACAACAACAAGCACAAUCCAAUGAUUUGUAUGGUGGACUUGGUGGAAUUAAUUUUGGAGCAGCUCCUCAAGCACAACAACAAUUUGGUGGAUUUGCACCGGCUCCGGUUGUUUUCCAACAAGCUCCACCUCAACAAGCAUUCAAUAUUCCCAAUAAAUCGAAUGCUUUUGCUGAUUUGGCACUUGGAAAGGUGAAAAUUUGGGCAUAGCUUCCGCAUCUCUGCCAAUUUUGUUUUGAAAAUCCCGAAAUUCCGAGGAAAAUUGGGAUUUUCAAAACAAAAUCGACAAUUUUUCAAAAUUUGGGCAUAGCUUCCGCAUCUCUGCCAAUUUUGUUUUGAAAAUCCCGAAAUUCCGAAGAAAAUUGGGAUUUUCAAAACGAAAUUAGCAAUUUUUCAAAAUUUGGGCAUAGCUUCCGCAUCUCUGCCAAUUUUGUUUUGAAAAUCUUGGAUUUCCUAAUGAACGUGGAUUACUAUGACGUGGAAACCAUAGAGAUCAUAGCAAUCCAUGUGGCCGCUAAAGCGGAAGAUAGUGCCGCUGACGCGGAAGCUUGCGGUUUACACUCGCUUCGCUCGAACAACCAAAAUAUUCGAGCGAAGCGAGUGUAGACCGCAAGCUUCCGCGUCAGCGGCACUAUCUUCCGCUUUAGCGGCCACGUGGAUUGCUAUGAUCUCUAUGGUUUCCACGUCCACGUUCAUUAGGAAAUCCAAGAUUUUCAAAACAAAAUCGACAAAUUUCAAAUGUUUGCCAAAAAUUCAACAUACGAUUUUUAAAAAUCACCGUUUUUUUGCUGAGCGGAUUAAACUUUAUAGUUUUUGUUCACCAAAAAUCAUAAAAAAAUUGAAUUUCAGGUGAUGAAAACGAACUAUGGACAAAGUGCACUUUCAACACCAGCCCCAUCACGAAUUUCUCCACAAAUCCCCGCUCAAAAAACCGCGCCAAUCUCCACCAAUAAUGAUUUAUUCGAUAUGUUCGCCUCAGCCCCGCCCCCAACAACAACAUCACAAGCUCCGCCCACUUCUACUCAAACAUCAACCACAAAUUUUGACGAUUUGCUGAGCUUUUAA